AUGUUGAUGAACUCUGCCUUGCGUCGCCGCGUGGCUUCCACGGUUCAAUCGAGGGCCAGGUUACUGAGUACCAAGGUUGAUAGUUCGAGCAGUGGACCGUUGGGUGAAGAUGGUCGCCAUGAGAUCUGGAGAGAAGGGAUUUACGAUCACGAUAAUGAACCCAAAGUCAAACGCCGUGAUGGCUCCUUUGAGAGUAUCGAAAAAAUCAGGGGAUUUCUAAACUACGAACGCAACCCCGAGCCCUACCGAAAGCCAUUGGACCGUGUGCAAGAUUGGGGAGAGAUCAAUCCUACACCCUCCGAUGAAGAAUAUCACACCGACAUGGAACGCAAAGUUCAGGCGGCACGUUGUAUGGAUUGUGGAACACCCUUUUGCCAAACUCAUACUGGAUGCCCAGUCAACAAUUUGAUCCCCGAAUGGAACAACCUCGUCUACGAUGGACAGUGGGAAGAUGCCAUUGAUCGACUCCACAAAACUAAUAACUUCCCGGAAUUCACUGGACGUGUCUGUCCUGCUCCCUGCGAAGGAUCAUGCGUCGCUGGACUCAUUGAUAGUCCCGUCACUAUCAAAAACAUUGAGUACGCCAUUGUCGAUCGCGCAUGGAAGGAGGGACGCAUCAAGCCUCGUAUCCCCAAAGAUCGUACCGGAAUGACUGUCGCCGUCGUAGGAUCCGGACCGGCUGGAUUGGCAUGUGCCGAUCAAUUGAAUCAAAUGGGACACAAGGUCACCGUAUUUGAACGUGCCGAUCGCAUUGGAGGACUAUUGAUGUACGGCAUCCCAAACAUGAAACUCGAAAAGAAUACCGUCGAUCGUCGUGUCAAUCUACUACGAGAAGAAGGAAUCGAGUUUGUCACAAAUGCCAAUAUCGGACAUAACGUCGAUGUCAAUGAACUCCACGCCAAUUUUGAUGCUUUGGCUCUUUGCCUCGGAUCCACCAAGCCUCGUGAUUUGCCCGUUCCAGGACGUGAGUUGAAUGGAGUUCACUUCGCCAUGGAAUUCCUCACGGCCAACCAGAAGCGAUUGUUGAUGACUAAGGAUGGUACCUUGGAAUCUCAAUGGGAAAAGGACCACUGGAUCACGGCUGCUGGUAAGGACGUUAUUGUCAUUGGAGGAGGAGAUACAGGAACUGAUUGUAUCGGAACUUCGAUGCGUCAUCGAUGCAAGAGCGUGACAAAUUUCGAGCUCAUGCCACAGCCUCCUAUGGAGCGUGCUCCUGACAAUCCAUGGCCACAGUGGCCUCGUGUCUUUGGUGUCGAUUAUGGCCAUGCCGAAGCUACCGCCUUGUACGGUGAAGAUCCCCGUGUUUACUCGGUCUUGACUAAGGAAUUCAUUGGAGACGACGAAGGAAAUGUCAAGGCUCUCGUCACCCAAGACGUCGAAAUCACCAGUAAGGGACCCAAGGCCAUUGAAGGCUCCGAGAAGGAAUGGAAGGCUGAUUUGGUGGUCUUUCAUGGGAUUUGUUUCUCCUGA